AUAGAGCGCGCGAAAAAUUUUGUAUAAAAGCCGGUGGUUCGACGAUGAGUGGAUUAGUUCGAGUUUUUGCUUAGUGCAGUGUAAGUGUAUACUGUGUCGAAGUAUUGCAUAGUGCGCUUGGCCUGUUCACUGAAAAAUUGGUUUAGAUUGAUUUUUAGUGGUGUUUAAAUAUAUUUAUUUCAAUAUCCAAUGCAAGUUUAUUUGAACCAUAUCAACUAUAAACAAAUACGACGAUUCGGGACUAGAAGCAAUAUUGGAUUACAAAACAAAAAAUGUUACCAAGUAUAUGUGGAUAAUAAAAAUAAGUACUUAAAGAACGCUACAAAUGCAAUCCAUUGAAAGUGACGGACAUUUUUUCACAAAAAGUUAACAAAAAUCUUUUAAUUUGUGUAUAAAAAGUGCAAAAAGUACAAAGCCCAUUGGCCGGAAAAAAGACUCUGCAAUAAAUAGCAAAACGAAAUAGAAAAACAAGUGAAAUUAACACACUCACAAAAAUGCAGCAAAAGUUUUAAAAAUUUUAAGUGCAAAUAACCACAAAAGGAACAGCAGUUACACGUGAGGGAGUUGAAACUGACGAAGUGCUGCUGCGAGAUAAAUAAUACGGAACAUUGUGCUACAACAAUUCUCGCGUCCAUCAUACAAAAAAAAACUAACGCCCGACAUUACACUGUCGCAAAAUUUUAAAAUCUUUUAAUUGAACACAAUAUCUAAGAAAACUACAAAAUGAUGUGGGACACAAUUGCCGAAGAAACCAACGGAGAAAUGGCUAUGGAAUUUGCAAGCUGUCAAAUGCCACACGACUUGAAUACAGUCGCAGCCGCUGCCAGCAGUAAUGGAGCUACACGUCAACGCCAGCCACGGAAUAUUUUGGGCAGCCCGAUUAAUGAUAUGGUAGUCGACCAUCAACUGUCAUUUUAUGGCGAUGAGGAAAAUGUUGAAGAACCAGAUCAGCGUUCGAACGUUUUCGAUUUGCCACAACAGAUGGGUUUGCUGUCGCCUGAAGGAUCGCCUUGUCGUUUCCAAAUAUUACAACAACAAAGCGUACCGAAAUAUAACCAAGGAGGUAACUGUCAAAAUGGUGGCCGUCAACGCCAGUCAUUCGCAAAUCGCCUACAGAAGCUACAACAUAACAAUGCCGCCAAUGGUAGUACUCGCACACCAACACCACCGAAAAGUUUGCGCAUUUUCCACAGCUUGUCAUCUGGUUCGAUGGGGUCUUCGUCCAUGGAAGAAGAUUACAUGGAUCUCUUUGAAAUGGAAUCACUUGGGAAUUCAAUGAUGCCAUCAAAUAACAUGCCAAAAAUCCCCAGCGAUCUAGAUUCGUUGUUUGUCGGACAAAUCAAAAAUAUAUUAUCACCUGCCCACCGUACAGUCGAACAGCCACAGUUGUUUGAGCAAUUGAGAACACCUGAGAUGCGCCGUCCACCUGUGCGCCGUUGCUUAAGCAUGACUGACAAUUGCCUACCCAAGACACCAGAGACGCUGCUUAAACAAGUGCAAGAAAUUGCUACCAGUCCUUAUGGCGUUAAGCUGUUGACAACGGAACGCAACCAGAGUGCCAUCAGCGGUUGUUUCAAACGUCCCGAUCCACCAUCGAAGACUAACUCCCCGGUACUUAUUAAGCGUUACCGCAUUGAAGCCGAAAAGGAGAAUCUCGACGACUCUCUAACAAUGUCACUACCAGCACUGCCAGCGCCUCAACCCAAACUCAGCCAUCCACCACCAUUGCGCAAGAGUAUGUCGAUGAAUGAUGCCGAAAUCAUGUCGGCGCUUGCACGCUCGGAGAACAAGGACGAGCCAGAUCUCAUCGGCGAUUUCAGCAAACCCUAUGUACUGCCACUAAUGGAUGGUCGUCAUCGCGAUUUGAAAUCAAUCUCCUGCGACACAAUGGCACGUCUGGUACGCGGCGAAUUCAGCAAUGUUGUUGCCAACUAUCGCAUCAUCGAUUGUCGUUAUCCAUACGAAUUCGAGGGUGGUCACAUACGCGGCGCUCAAAAUCUGUACACGCACGAGCAGAUACUCGAGGAGUUCCUCACACAACAAAAGACUGAAAUGGAACAGCUUAAAGCAACCAAUGAUCAUCGUCGCAAUAUCAUUAUAUUCCAUUGCGAAUUCUCAUCAGAGCGUGGCCCGAAAUUGUCACGCUUCUUGCGCAGCACCGAUCGUGAACGCAAUACCAAUUGCUACCCGUCACUCGACUACCCCGAGAUCUACCUGCUACACAACGGCUACAAAGAAUUCUACGAACAUCAUUCCGAGCUGUGCGACCCGACUGCCUACCGCCCCAUGUUGGAGCCAGCGUACAACAGCGCAUAUCGUCAUUUCCGCUCCAAGACAAAGUCCUGGAACGGUGACAGCGGUUUGGGCGGUGCUACAGGACGCCUAAAGAAAUCGCGCUCACGGCUAAUGCUGUAAGGCGAUGUGUGCAAGCAGCGACAGCAGCAGUGCAACAAAUGAGUCAAAUCACAAUACGCUUGUUUAACCAACGCCGCAGCUUCAGUUAGUAUGAAAAAAAUAUACAAUUUUUAUACAGUAGCUGAGCGGCAGGCGGGCGCGCAUGCGGUCGACGUUACAUAAAACGUCGCUAGAACGUCAGCAGCAACUAAUAAGACUGCGAAUUUGACAAGGAGUGCGAUUGGAGGGAGUACAAAUUCACGAUUGCAGUACAAAUUCAAACGCCAGCUUUAACUAACGCUAAACUACAAAAACAAAAGAAAAAAUAUUCACUCAAAACAGUUCCAACACCAACUUUUAACAGUUGGGCUCCCAACGCCACCACCCAGCAGAGUUUUGGGACAGGCACACACACACUCGCACUCAUACUACACAAACACACAUGUAUAUAUACACAUGCAUUAGCAAAAUCACAACGCACAAACACACCACUUUCAUCAAAUUUACAUUCAAUUUGUUUUUGUUGAAUUUUUUAUUCGAUGUUUUAUAUCCAAUUUGGAUUUUAUUUUAUAGAAACGUUUUAAGUGUAUGUAUGUACUACAAAAACACAAAAAAGCAAAAAAAAAAACAAAGCAAAACAUAAUUUGUAAGCUCGUUUAUGCAUAGACUGCAUGCGAGUGCUUAUGCAUGUGUGUGUGUGCGUGUGUAUGUAUGCGCGUACACUAUUGUACAUAUAUACAUAAGUAAGUGCAAGAAAGGACACUUUCAAGGCUACUAAGUCACUGGGGAUCGAGUCAAUGCCAUGUACCGCUGUGUGAGCGCCUGUGUUAGCGCCUCCAUGUAAAUAAUGUGUAUGUAUGUAUUUAUAUGUAUGAGUUAAGCAUAACGCAACGUUUGUAAAAAAUGCUUAAAAUAUUUAAUUUAUUUGCUAUGAAUAGCUUUAGUUAGCUUAAUUUAAUUUGUCUAGUUGUUAUAUAUGUAUGUGGAGAGGCGCUAGCAAACACAGCGCGCGCACACGCACACACAAACGUACGCCGCAUAACCCACCCAUUGUAAAUUAUAAUAAUAAAUUUUUGUAUGCACAAAAGCACCCUUAAUUUAUUUAGUUACAAAAGUAUAAAGUAAAAUACAAAUGUAAUAUAUUUUCUUAGUGAAAUUCAUGCGUAAAUAAUUCAUAGUAUAUAUGUAUGUUUAUUAUAGGAUUUGCUAUGCUAAGCAAUCACAAAAACAAAAGCAAAAACAAUCGAAAUUUGUGCAUUAUUAUGUAUAAUUUGUAUGUGUACAGCAAAAGCAAUUUAGAAAUUUGAAAAAAAAAAAAACAAAAAAAUGAAAAUGAAGCAGAAACGAUGUAAAGAUAUUUAUUUGUACAUGCAAAUAAUUUGUUUAUAAAUUGAUUUUCUUUAUGUUUAUUUUCGGUUCACAUUCGUUUCGACUUUCGAUCUUAAUUAACGCAUACAUACAUAUAAUACAUGUAAGAAAUAUUCACAAUAUAACAGUUUCAUAACCAUGUAUAUAUAUAUACAAAGCACACAUACAUAUGUUCAUAUGUACACUGAUGUACGCACAGAAACGCACGCAACCAACAAGCACUAGCAUCUGGGCAAACACGCAGACACACACUACUUGUGUUCCCGCUGCAGUCAAACAAAUUCAACGUAAAGUUAAAAACAAUUACGCUUAUUUUAUGUUAUAAGAACCCCUUUUUUAUUUUUUUAAAGCAAAGCUUUCUUUUUCAUAUAAACAACACGAAAAAAAUGCAAAAAAAAAUUAUAAAUAAUGAAAACAAAAAUGAAAAAUGCAAUACAAAAAUAAUAUGUAAAAAAGGAAAUAUAUGAGAAAAAUUUAUCAACCAAAACUACAUGGCUUUAAUUACAACCAAAAAAAGAACUCAGCAAGAAAUUUAAUUUACUUUGUCGUUCCACUUUGUGCGGCGCGUGAAAGCGUGCAAGCAACAAAUUGUUGCAUACACUUUGGGGGCUUGAAAUAAGCGUGAUUGUUGUGUCUUGACGACUUCCUCUAAGAAGUAAGCAAACCUCCACACACUAAACCAAUUGUAUCAAGUAGCCAGCGCAAAAUCAAAGGGUUCCAAGUGUCUGUUAUGAGUGUUCAUGUAAUUGCAGACCGAACAAAAUAAAUUCUUCUGUAUAUUUCAUAAAAGUUUGUCUUUUAAUUUUUGAAAAUGUCGAACAAAACUCUUAGUUUUAAUGCAAAUGUUUGUUAUUUUUGUUACCUACAUAUUAAUUUUAUUUAAUUUUUUAGUUUCUUUUGUAAACUUAUUGUAAUUUUGUUUGAACGCACUUUCACGAGGCAUUUGUAAAUUCAUGUGUAUACAGCACGCACACAUACACACAUAUGUUUAUGUAUAUGUAUAUCCCUUUGAAUUGUUUUAGCGUUGACUUAAAUUUUUAACUGUGAUUAUAUUUUAAAUGUUAUUAGUUUCUUUUAUUUUGUUUUCUGUUUUCUUAUGCCAAUGUACGCGUCUGUAUGUAUGUAUAUUUUUAUGACUGCGCAUUUUAAUUAAAGAAAAGGCAAAAAUAUAUUUAAUGCAUAACGUAAUUGUUUACUAAAUUUCACAAAACCUCUAAUUUAGUGUUCGAAAUUCCUUAGUGUGUUCAUAGUUUUAAUAAAAUAUUAUUAAACGAACGUAAAUUCUUAACUUAAGCAAUUUUUGUAUGCUUGAUGCAAGUGAAAUGAGAAUGGAAAUUUAAUACAAAUACAAAAAAAAAAGAUUUUGGAAUAUGAAAUGUUUUUAAUUCAGUAAAGUGGUGAGUAAAAUAAAAAUUUUCUUAAAAAUGGCUGUUUAUGAGUACAGGCAAAGCAGCUGAAUUUAGGAAAAAAUUAUAAUCCGUCGUAUGGUGGUCAGAUUUACCCGAAGCAACGUGGAGCAUACUUAGAAUCGAUCGUACGAUGGUCAGAUUGACCCGGUGCAAUCCGGUCAAGAAGAAUCACAUCAGCAAACUUGUCAAUUUACUUUUCCACCAAUGGUGCAAUGCAUGAUGAAACUUCUAUUACUAAUAUACAGUUCCUUCCGUGAUUCCACUUGACCUUUGGGGCAAUAAGCACCGAAAACCGCAUCAGAAUAACUUCAGAUUUAAGAUUUCCUUUGGUUACAGCAUCCCCUGCAUUGACGAACGGAGGUACGAAGGUGAUAGAAUUGAUUUCGCAAUGGAUUACUCGAUUCAAUACAUCUGCACAAGCCCUCACUUGUUACGUUGACUAGAUCCUCAAUCUUUAUUAAUUGUCAAGGUCUUGUGAGUGUAACUAAAAGCAGCGGCAUAAAGAUAAACUGCAGCAACUCGCCACAGAUACCCAUUAGAAGCACGAUUAUACUAAAAUGCAGUUGCGUGGGUGCCCAAACAACACCUGCGGCCGAUCCACUGUUUGUUAAUAUUUCCUUUGACUUAGAAUUCACGAAUAUCAAUCUUACAGCUUCUU